CUCCUGGCUGGCACUACGGUGAGCAUGAUGGUGAAUACAGCGCCAGAGUUUGAAGCAGGAGCACAAGCAAUCUGGGCUUUUUACCUCCUCAUGAAUUCAAAAGCUCAAAGAACAGGUGAACCAAAAGGGGGGUGCCAGUUUGGGGCACUUUGGAUCCCCACUUCCCUCCUGAACCCAGGUGGUUUGGAGAAUCUGGUGAUAACCCGUGGCUUACUAACCUGUUGCAAGAAAGAGAUCUUGAGCUGUCUUCUGGAUGGUAAUAGCCCGCAAAAGUGCUUGUUGCUGGAUGUCCUGUUUCCGGUUGUUUUAGAUGUGAUGGAAGAACCCACAAGCUGCCCUUAUUACUCCUUCCAAGUUUUUUCUCUGUGGCUUCAACGCGUCCGAGAAAGUUUGGACCAACUCUGGAAAGUCAAGGAGAGCCCAUUGCUGGGCAACAAUUCAACACUUCUCCAAAAGCUAAACAAGAUUGUUUGGAACAAUGCAGAAAGUCCAACAGAAGGAGUGAGCAAUUUUGUCCAGAACUCCUUUCGGAUUCUCUUAGAGAUCUACAGCCUGGAAUGUGAUCACUUUGGGGAUCCAGAGAGAGCCCUGUUUAGAGAGUACCUGCAAAGAGUUAUUUUCAUGCCUUGGGAAGCAAGAGCGAGGUACUUCGCACUCAGUGCAAUUCUUCCCUACUUGGGCCCCCAAAAGGUUCUGGAGAUCUAUGCGGAUCUCCCUCGACAUCUCUUCAACUGCUUGUCCACCAACCGUCUGUGUCCCGUCGCUUCCGAUUUGUACAAAACUGUCCUACGACUGCAGCGCCAAGCCUGGACGGAGGAGAUGAAGGAAAAAGUCACGGAAGAACAGCUCGCCCACCAGUGGUCCAGGUGUUGGUUACCAACCUUCUCCAGUGCCUUGACAUCUUCUGACUCGUUCCUUCAGAGCAACGCCUCCAGCCAGCUUCUCGGGUGGACGCUGAGAGUUUUCCCUGCUUCUUACGCCCUGCUGGCCACAAGAUUUGCGGGCGGGGAGGCCCCUCAGCUCCGAACAUGGGUCUCCUUGUUGAACGUUCAGAAGAGCCUCGCGGGAGACUUGCUCACUGACGAGGAGACCCUGGAGAGGCUCACCUGCUGCCUCAUCUCCCAAGAAGACACUGUCCGUCUGGCAGCCUUGGGCUUCCUCUGCUCGGCUCCCAAGACCAGCCAAGUCUUAUUGGAGAAGGAGAUCCGUCUCUUAAAAGAAUUCCUGCCCCUGAAUCUGAGUUGCGAUUCCUCUUCGUUUCGGCAGCUCCUUCACGCCACGCUGAAGAAGGCGUUGGUCAGGAUGAGGGACAGUUCUCUCGCCAUGCUUCGUCAACGGAAGGUCAACCGGGAGGAAAGCUCGGUCAGAAAGGACCAAGAAAGGGAUGUCCUCCGAGCUGUAGACUUCGUGGAUUGGCUGCUGCAGCUCUGCAUGACAUCUCUAAUGUCAGGUUCCAACUACCAAAGAAGGAAAACAGCGCUUCUUCUCCUGGCAGCCAUCUUGGAGACCUUCACAGACACUUGGAGACCUGAGAGAAAGAAGGGUCAGCCUCCCCGCAACAUGGCUAUCUUAUUACGCUGGGCCACCAGUAAGGGCUACUGGGACUUCUUUUCUACUGGGAACACAUUGGCACUGUUGAGCUGCUUGCAGGAUAGCACCAAUGAGAUCCGUGAGUUGGCCUCGGAGUUGCUGAUCUCUUACUUCCCACCAGCUUUGCCGGGCUCUGUUGCUGGGACUCUCUUUGGGUGGGCCCUAGAAGCUGUGAGCAGUCCCCGGGUUCAAGAGUGUGAGGCAGGAGCAGCGGUGAUGAAGACUCUUCUUCCCAAAUUAGAUCGUCAUAUCUUGCAGCCAUCAUUGUUGGAAACCCAGAAGGAGCCAUCUAUGCCGUGCAAACAUCUCUCUUUUCUUGAACAUUUGCUCAACAUGCUCCGGAACCAUUUCGUCACAGCUUCUCAUGACUUAUUGCUGGCAGCUCGCACAACCCCAAUACAUGGGGUGAUUUUGGCGUUACGGAGAUGCCUGCUUGAAGAACCGGAGGUUGUGUCCUCUAUGUUAGAAGCGCAGAAGAUGCCACUCUGGCGUUUAUUCUUUCAGCAUUUGGUGAUGACAAUGAGAGACAUCAGCAAUUUACUCUUGAGCAUGUUGCAAAGUAAUGAAGCAUCAAGCACAGACCAACAUGCUUCAUCACCCUCCUUUGCAGACAUGGGAAAUGCCAUCGGCAGCCUUAUCCGGCUAGGAAAAGGCUUGGAGGAAGAGGAUACAGUUCUCCUCUCCAAAGAACAUAGCCUCAUUUUGACCUGUUGUUGGGUCUCGGUUAAAGAAAUUGGGCUGCUUUUGGGAGGCCUUGCGGAGAAAGUUCUACCCUGGCCACUCUCGGCAGGAUGUCAGCCUCUCCUGCCUCUUCAGGUUGUCCGCAGGGCUUCCAAGGUGUUCCAAGACAUCCUGCUGAAGUGCCGGCAUUGGGGAGCUGUGGAAGGCUGCAGUGUGGGCUUCACAAAGUUUUGUGCCACUCUACUCAGUCACCCUAGCCCAAAGCUACAAAACAUCCCACGGACUAUGCUCACAGAGGGUCUGGCUUUGUUAAGCAGCCCCAGAGGAAGCUCCGUUACUCGCAGGGCGGCCGGUUUCCCAAUGCUCUUCCUAUGCAUUGUGACAGGGGAAGAUCCCGCCGAGUCCCGGCCUCUUCUGGCUCAUUGCAUUCAGACAUUGGUCACCUUGGCCGACCAACCGAUCUCCCACAGCUCAGACCAGACAGUGGAUUUGCCCCAGGUUUCUGCCGUCCAUGUGCUUCAAACGUUAGUCCGUGGUUCCAACCUUGGACCCGCUUUGCAACAACACAUCACAUCCCUGAUGGUGUUGGUUCUCAAGGCUCUAAGCUCCCCUAGUUGGGCUAUGAGAAACGCAGCGAACCAACUUUUUGGUGCCUUGACCGCCCGCCUCCUUGGGCAGAAAUGGAGUCCGGAGGAUGGCCGUGCCAAGGAUGGUAUAAGCCCCGAAGCUCUUUUUGGCCGGCAUGUUCACCUGAGAAACAUCCUACUUGCAGAAUUGUCCUUAGCUGUGGAAGUGUCCGUAUCCGAAGGACCCAGAAGAGGGAAAUUCCACCUCUGUCCUUCCCUAUAUGCUGUCCUUACUUUUCUGGCCAAGUUGCAGCCCAGCGGAGACGCCCAGGACGGCACUCUCACCUGCUUCUUGGAGCCCCUGAUCCAGCUGUCAGGAAACCCCAUCUAUGCCGUUCGGGUGAUGGCCGCCAAAGCUUUGGUGCCUUUCAUUUCAGUGACGGACUAUGGAAAGAUCCUUCUGCGGUUGGCAUCCAGGUUCCCGCAGCCGGAGGCCGCUCUGUCCCAUAAUGCAUUGCAUGGAUGUCUGCUGCAGAUCCAGGCUGUGUUGAAUCAAGCUUUGGAGUUCGACCGGCUGCAUCCAGAGUUGCUGCGGUCCGUGGCCUGCAGGAUGGAAAGCCACAUCUGGUUGCUGAUGGACAUACGACGGUGCCCGUUAAUCUGUGCUGUUUACCUUCAGGUUUUGUCCUUGGUGCAACGAAGCUGUUCUCCAGGUUUUGUGCAGCAAGUGUGGGAGCUGUUGUACAGGGAUCUGGCCAGUCCUAAACCUGGUUUCUCUCCUAUCCAGCUUGGUUCUUCCAACUUCUGCCAAUGUGCUGUCAACUUCCUAAGCCAAGAAGCCACAAGACAGGAAUCUCCUGAAAGAAUCCGUGAUCUAAGCUUGCUUCUGCAAAAAGGAAAUCCUGACGUGCAAGUGGCUGUUCUAACUUGGUUGUUGGACAACGAGGAAGGGAAAGGCUUGAAGUCUAACAAGGAACUGCAGUUGAUAUUCAUGGAAAAAUUCAAGGAGAUCCUGAAAAACACAGGAGAUCCCACAGUCCUGAAGUUGUACUUGAAAGUUUUUGUCCAUUUGUUUGGCAACGUUGCUGAAAGACAGCCUUUCCCAGAGAAAUUAGCUCUGGAGUGUGGUGAAAUCCUGUUCUCUAUGGUAGAGAGUGACCACCAAGGUCCCAGACUGCGCGGUCAUGCAAUGUGUGCAGCCACAUUGUUCCUCAGUCAACACCCUGAAGGCGAUCCUUUACGGGGACGGUGGAUUGCAACGGUAGAGCACUGGAGCGACUCCCUUUCAGACGAGGUGCUCAGGAUGGCUGCAGCCAAAGCCGCCCAAAUGGGUGGCCCAGCAUGGAUUUGGAGAGCCCGGACUUCGUCCAACUUCCUCCUUCAUUCCCAGGUUCUACGGCUGAUCGAGGCAGCGAUUCGUCUCCUCCAAGAUGAAGACCAACAGGUGCGCCAUGCGGCUGCUUCCUUCGUCAGCCGUUUGGUGCAGUCACCGUGGCCCGCCCAGCAGGUUCAACCUCACAACGGUUGCCUUCAGCUCCAGAGCUCCAAGGCUCUGCUCAGCCUGCUAGUGUUCCUGCUCGAAAACUUUGGGGACCAUCCUUCGACUUUUGCAUCCUUGAUGCACCUUCUCCCCAUGGUAGAACUCCGUGAAACCUUGAUGGAGCUGGAAAGCCAGGGGUAAGCAAAGAAAGGAAUGAAGGCAACCAAAGCAGGGUGUUGUGGUUAGCCGGCAGCAGGUGCGGACG